AUGGCAGCCUCCUGUCCUCUCGCGACCCUCGAUGGCCUCCCGUUCGAUGUCUUUUAUCAAAUCGCCACGUUGCUGGACGACCGCGACUGCAUUCAUCUGAGCCGCACCAACCGCGCCAUCCAUGAUUUAAUGAACUGUGACCUCAUUGCUCGCAAAACGGUCGAGAGUGUCCUUGCCCACAGUAAGGAAGGCCGCACCGCCCUAGCGGCCCAGUCCGGCUACCGCAAGGCUGUCGGGCACCGCUUUGAUAUCCACGAAGCGAUCGCCACGGCAUCCCCCUAUGCAGUGGCAAUGCUGGCAUAUGCGGUGGACUUUGUCUAUCACCAGGGGAUCCUGUGCUAUCGCGUUGGGCAUGAAAUUCGUUUGCUCAAUGUGCAUCGUGGAGCCCGCCAGGAGCAGGUUCUCAACCUUUACGAGGUCAUUCCUCGGCUCGACGCUGGCUCGCCGGAGGAGACCCUUGACCCCGCGGCCAGGGUCAAACUUCUCCACUACAGUAAUGGAAUCGUCGUGUUUCGGCUAGAGGGGAUCGGUGCUCAAGCCAACUCGCUGGUGGCCAUUGAUAUGGCCCCCCGGCAGACUCGUCGCAAGCGAUUACUAAUGCAAAGGCCUAUUCCAGCAUCGGCCCCGAUCUUUGUGCGACAUAGUCGCUCAUAUCUCUGGUACAUCUUCUUCGUGGACUCUCUUGGUUCCCACGGAACCUGGCUAUGUCACGGGGUGGACCUGGCCACCGAUGAAACCAUUCAGUUUCAUCUAGAACAGGCCCUAGGCGGAGAACCGGGUCAGACCAUGUGCUUUGAUAUUUACCAGGAUCAUCUCUAUUUCAUUUCCACAACGGUGACCUCGGAGGAUGAUGAGCGCUUCUCUUCUUUCUACCACUGGACAUGCUACGCACCCCGACAAAAGAGUCGGAAAUGGAGCGACCGUCUUUGGCGUCGCGAGCACCGCGAAGGUCCCAUCAACGAAAUGUGGACGGAUCUUUCCAUCCGCAAGGACGAGACCACGGGCCGCCCGAUGAUUGUCGAAUGCCGCCGGGAAUGGCCCGACGGAAAAAGCGAGAAUCACAGAACGACCUAUAUCGAACCCUUAUCUACACCCGCCGAGUUACAAGCCACCCACCCCCAAGGAAAUAUCAAAUCCCCCUCAUCGAGCGACGACGACUCCGACGACGAAAACAGCGGACCGAGCAAAGACCCGGUCAUCGAUCGGGAAUACGAUCAUCGACCAGAAAAGCGUCUCCGACGAAACUACCACCCCGAACACGAACUCGGGGAUGAUCCACACGAGCGGCAGGAAUUCAUCCAUGCAUACACGAAACACCACUCCUAUGAUCUAGCCAGCUCUACAUUCGUCGAUCUAGUCAACGAUCCCACCCCUCAAACAGCAGGCGUGCGCGUUCGAGAUCGUAUCCGCCUCCGCACGGUUUCGCGCAAGCGUAAAUGUCCCAUCGACGAGGAAGGUAUCGCCGGUAACCCAGGCCUUCUCUUCCCACCUACCCAAAUCGAUACUGACGGCCGACCCGUCGAAAACUCGGAAGAGUACUUUGUCUCUCGCGGAGUCCACAUGUGGCCUGCUGACGAUGGCCCGGCCGAACUACACAACCUGCUCUGCCCAGACCAACGUUCCGGCGUGGUAGCCGCCGUCGCAGAUGAACGUUCUUUGAUUUACUCUAUCUCUUGCCCCGGUCUGCCCAUUGGUCACCAAGCAAUUAUCCUGCUCAGUUUCGAUCCAGCACUUCGCCUGCCCAUGUUGAUGCCGCUCCGGUCAAUGAAGAGCCUUUCUUCCGUGGAGGGUACCUUUCCAGUAACGCUGCCUAAGCUGAGGGUUUCUGGAGGAGGCUUGAUCAGAGAGUCUGAUCCGUUAUACGCAGCUAUAAAUCGAGGAUAUUGGUUGCGGUAA